CGGUUAGUUGGCGCGCGGGGCCCCGGUGAUUGGGACGGCCAAGACAGGCGCUCCGUAUAAAAGGAGAAAGAAGAGACAAAAGACAGGGCCAAACGAACAAGAUAAACUGUUUAAACGGAGCGACGACCACACAGUGACGACGACGACGACGACGAAGACGAAGACGAUCGAACAUUGAAAUUUCAUUCUAUAUAUAUUUUUUUCCUUUUCGCUUCUUUUCUCUUUCUUUUGCCUCUUACGAGACCAAAUCGAGAAUCAAAGUGCGCGCAUCUCGCGGAAAAACAGCCGCGAACUUGACCGAUUUCUACCCAUCGAGGGUGGCAGUAAUCAACGGACACACGGAUUACGCGCACCAUCGUACCGACUGAAUUUCUAUUUUGGAUACCUAACGGCUCGCUUCAAGUUCGGAGAGGAUCCAGAGAAACAAGGAGCGAGGUAGAGAAGAUAGGUUGGAUGGUGCCGCGGGUCGGCGCCGUUUGAACCGCUUUCGAAAGGAUCGAACAGAUUUUCUUCCGAAAGAGAAGGGAAAAGAAGAGCAGCGGAAGAGUUAUCGAGUUCGAAAGGGUUAGGGUGGCGCGCCACCCGUUAAUUUGGCGGUAAAGAGCGGUGCGAAGGCGGCCCGACACCAUGGGGGUCGCCGACGAUUUCGCGCCGAGCUUCACCCAGAAGCCGCAACUUCGGCAAGAGGACGACGGGAACCGGCUGAUAUUCGAGUGUCAGUUGAUCAGUUCGCCGAAACCCGAGAUAUCCUGGUAUCGUGGCGAAACCGAACUCAGCCAAGAUGCUAGGACCAACUUCAAGAUGCAGAGCAUCGGGACGAACAAGUUUCUCGUCGUCCUGGAGCUCGACGACGUUAUCGAGACCGACGCGGGACUGUACAAGGUCAAGGCCAAGAACAAGAUGGGCGAGGUCGCGGCUUCGAUUAAUCUCAACUUCAGCCCUGCGGAAGAACCAGACAGAGAAGGACAAAUCGAUGGUAUCGCGCCAACUUUUGCGAAAAAGCCUGCUAUCAGACAAGAAGACGACGGUAAACGACUACUUUUCGAAUGUCGCAUCACAGCCGAUCCCACGCCAAAGGUUACGUGGUUUCACGAUGGAAAUAUGGUCAAAGAUUCACCGAGGCACAAGCUCACCGUCGACAAAGAUGGUCACUCGUAUUUCGCGACUUUGGAAAUAAAAAAUGUGACCGUUGAGGAUGCUGGCAAAUAUAAGGUCACCGCGAAAAACGAGCUCGGCGAAUCUAACGCUACUAUUUCCUUAAAUUUCGACAACGCAGAAGAAGGACCUGGUUUCGCGCCGACGUUCGUCGAGAAACCCCGCAUCAUUCCGAACGAAACCGGUACCUUGAUCACGAUGAAAUGCAAGUGCAAGGCCAAUCCAAAGCCCGAAGUUACGUGGUUCCGUGGGACCAACGUCGUCAAGGAAUCCUCCAAGAUCUCGAUCAAGACGAAGACCGUGGAAGAAGACGUUUACGAAUUGAUCAUGGAAAUUAAGGACCCUUCGGCACCGGACGGUGGCACUUAUAGGUGUCACGUGCAAAACGAAUACGGCGAGAGCAACGCGAACUUGAACCUGAAUAUCGAGGCUGAACCAGAACCGGAAGGAGACGGGCCGACGUUCGUCGAGAAGCCGCGUAUUCAGUCUCAGAAUCAGGGUAAAUUAGUGAUAAUGGAUUGCAAGGUGAAGGCGAAUCCAAAACCAGAAAUCGUAUGGACUCACGCGGGUGCGGUGGUGAAACAAUCUUCGAAGAUCUCGAUCAGUAUCGUUCAAGAAAAGGAAGAUAUCUAUUAUAUUAAACUGUCUCUGAGCGAUCCUGGUCCGGAAGAUUCGGGACUUUACAAAUGCAACAUCAAAAACGCUCUUGGAGAACUAAACGCCAACCUUACGCUUAACGUUGAAAUUAUACCCGUGAUCAAAGAAAAACCAAAAGUGGUAAAAAUCGUGAAGAAGAAAACGGUUAUAGUCGAGUGUCACGUUCUUUCGAAAUUCACGCCAGACUGCACCUGGUUCAAAGAAACGCAAGCCGUGAAGGAGGACAGCAGGCACAAAGUGCACGUCGAGCAAGUGAAAGAGGGAGAAUUUGCCGUUAAAUUAGAAAUCGAACAAGUGUCGUCUGCCGACAAAGGUAUUUACAAGUUAGUAGCUCGCAACGAGAAAGGAGAAGCGACGUCACAGGUUGUGGAAGUUACGGAAAUUAUGGAAGAAGGAGAAAAACCGAAGAUAGCGUCCGGUUUGAAAUCAGCGACGAUCGAGGAAGGUAAAUCGAUCGAACUGGUCGCGAGCCUCUCGAAACAGGACCGUAAAGUAACCAUCACCUGGUACAAAGAUUCCACGGUAGUAAAAGCUUCCAAAGACAUUAUGAUAUCUUUCAACGGCACCGACAUGAAACUGAACAUCACGUCUGCUUCCACUUCGUUCUCUGGAACUUACAAAGUCGUUGUCAGCAACGAAUACGGCCAGGACGAGUCGUCUGCCCGGCUGGUUGUCAAGAAGAAGGAAGAGAAGAAAGAGGAAGAAGAGGAAGAAAAGAAGAAGAAGAAGGUCGAAAAGAAAGAGGAGGAGGAAAAGAAAGAGGAGAAGAAAGAAGAGAAGAAGGAAGAGAAGAAAGAAGAGAAAAAGGUAGAGAAGAAAGAGGAGAAGAAGGCAGAGAAGAAAGAAGAAAAGAAGGAAGAGAAGGAUAUACUCGACAACAGACCAAACGGUAUCGACAAACCUGCUACCAAGAAGAAAUUGGAAGUUAUUCAGAAGGAAGAAGAAAUUGCAAAUAACGUUGAAGCGAGAAAAUCGUUGAAGAAGAAACCGGAAGAAAAGGUCGAAGAGAAAAUCGAAGAAAAGAAGGAAGCAGAAAAGAAAAAGAUCGUGAAAAAGGCGGAAGAAAAGAAGGAGGAAGCUUCGUUGAAAGCAGAGAAAACGGUAGCUCGUAAACAGUCUAUCAGUAGGGUGGAAGAAUUACGAACAGAGAGUCGAAGAAGCUCGCUGGUAUCCACCGAAGAAAAGACGUUCGAAGAUGGUUAUGCAUCGUCACGACGCUUUUCUGUUCAAAAGACCGAGGAGGAAGUGAAGACGGAAAGUCGACGGUCUUCCAUCGUCGAACAGAAGGUGACCGAAAAGAGACAAAGUGGUAGUCCAAAGUUUAAGUCUACAUAUACACCUCCCUAUAGCACGAAGGAUGAGCCGUAUUUAAAAUAUCUUGUAUUUAGGCGAAAAUCAGAAUACGAGGCGAAGAUUAUGCCGAAAGAAAAUAUUAAGAAAAUCGAGCCUAAGCGUAUGGACGAGAUCGAGGACAUUUGGGCGUCGGUACCAAAAGACUCCGAAAUAAAACCCAUUAGAAGAAAAGAGGAUUCUUCAAAAAUAAUUUCCAAACCGAACGAAGAUGAUAGCAGAGCAAAUACAAGAUAUUUACCAGUUUCACGCGAAUAUCGUGACAGACAUAAAAUAAAGGAUGUUACACCAUCGGAACGUUUUGAACGCGAUGAGAAACCAUCGGUCGUCGUGCACGAGAAACCACCCAUAUCGAAAUUAUAUUCGCGUUCGCACGAACCAGACGACGAGAUCGAGGACAUCUGGGCGGAUAAACCUCAGGACCGCGAAAUUAAACUCAUUAGGAGAAUCGAGGACGAGCCAAAAUCGGCAACUAAACUACGCGUUGAAGAUUCGAACUAUGAAAUCGAGGAUAUCUGGGCAGACAUCCCGCAAGAACGCGAAAUAAAACCUAUAUGGAAAGAGGCACCUCAAAAGACUAUCACACGUUUAUCACAAACGCAACCAGCGUUACUCGAGGACGUCUGGAAACCGAACGAUAAAUCUAAAGCAAAGUCGAAAUCACGCUUGUCUAUAUCGGCUGACAAAGUGGAGGAGGAAGUUACACCGAAAUUAAAAACGAUUCGCAAAAAAACUGAGUCGGAAAAGAAAGGGACAGCGGAACCUAAAUCGGCUACUCGCAAACUUGACGAUGCGAGCAAGAAGAAAGAAUCAGAGACGAAACAUAGAUUUUCGACAGAAUCCACCAAACGGUCUCAGGAUGAAGAGCCUGCGCUAGAUUCGAAAGAAAAGGAAACUAUACCCGAUGAAACAAAGAAGGAACAAGUCAUCGCUAAAACCAAGACCGUCGGAAAGGAAGAAAAGAAGGACGAACUCAAACCCAAAUCCACUCCGAAAGUAGAGGAACCUAAGAAGGUAGAACCCACCAAACCACAGGCCACUCUUGAUAAACCCGAGGAGCCUAAGAAAGAGGAACCUGCCACGAAACCGAAAACCACACUUGGCAAACCGGAGCCAGCAAAGAAAGAAGAACCCGUCACAAAACCCAAAAGUACACUUGGUACACCCGAGGAAGCAAAGAAAGAGGAACCCGUUACAAAACCUAAAGCUACACUUGGUAAACCCGAGGAAGCAAAGAAGGAUGAACCCGUCACGAAACCAAAGACUACACUUGGCAAACCUGAGCCACCAAAGACAGAGGAGCAAGCCAGGAAAGUCAGCCUCAAACCUGGAACGAAGAUAGAGGAAGAGGCCAAAACGUUGAAUAAAGUAGAGCUCAAGCCAUCGACGAACAAGACCGGCGAGGAGAAAUCAGGACUACGUAAACCACCAAAAUACGAAAUUAAAGCCGAGAGUUUUCAAUCUAUCCAACUUAAACCGGUUUCCAAGGGGCCUAAAAAGCCUCAACAGGCUGAAAAUGGCAAUGUGGUCGAGUUGAAGAAAACCGAGAAGACCGAGAAGGUCGAGGCGAAGAAAACGAAAGCUACCAAGUCCGCGAAGGAGAAGAGUUACGAGCUUCCGGAGAUUCCAGAUUACGAGAGGCCGGUGCUGGAAAAGCCUCAAGAGUUCGAUUUCGGCGAACACGUGCCUCGCGACAAAACCAAGCUCGAAAGACCGGCUACACAGAAAUUCGAUUCGAAGCCGAAGGUACCGGAGAUCAAAGCACCCGAAACACCGAAGAUCGAAGUUAUAAAAGACGUUACACCGACCGGAAGCAGAAAGAGCUCCCUGAUACCCGGCAGUGGCACUACCAGUCGACGCGGUUCCUUGAUUCCUCCGGAAGAAUUGGGUCGCAGACCCAGUCUUAUCAUCAGUGACGAGCGUCGUCGUCCGAGCACGGACGUUAGAAGACCCAGCGUGGCGGACCUCGAGAAUAAGAUCAACCAGCCGAGCACACCCCUUCGAGAUGUCGGACCAGCGGGACCACCUCAGAUCGUCGAUGUCCAGGAAUCUUAUUCCGCCGUCGAAGACUCGACGGCGUAUCUUACGGUGGGAGUGGAAGGUACACCGGCACCGACUUUCAAGUUUUACAAGGGAAUCACCGAGAUCAUCGAAGGUGGCCGAUUCAAGUUCCUUACGGACACGGAGACCAAUACGAUCACCCUCUGCAUGAGGAAGACGAAGCCCAACGACGAGGGUACUUACAAGAUCGUCGUGAGCAACAUCCAUGGCGAAGAUUCUGCCGAGAUGCAGCUCUACGUUUCCGACGCCAGUGGUAUGGACUUCCGUGCUAUGCUGAGAAAGAGGAAGUACCAGAAAUGGGCGAGAGAGGAGCAAGAACAAGAAAAGGUGGAUCUGAAGGAGGUGGAGAAACCGAUGCCGGCAUUGAAGAAAGUGGAAAAGAAUAGUGGAUCUCGUAGACCCUCUCUCGCCGAAUUAAUUCCCGACUGGCCGACCCUGCACCAUUUCACGAAGACGGAGAAACCGGAAAGCUUCCUUAAACCACUGGUGGAUCAAUAUGCCAAGGAAGGCAAAGACAAGAAGGUCGUUUUCGAAGCGAACUUCUCGAAACCGAACUGUAAACCGAAAUGGUUCUUCCGGAAAGACGAACUGUUCCCUUCGUCCAAGUACAAGUUCAAGAACGAGGAGGAUUGCUACCAGCUGAUCAUCCUGAAUCCCAAGGUCGAAGAUACCGGCAAAUACACCAUCGAAAUUUCUGGGGUUUCGAGCACAGGCUUCCUCAACGUCGAAGAGCCGGAUCCAACUUACACGUUUACCAAACCGCUCGCGAAAAAGACGAGCGGCUAUACCAAGCACGAAGUUUACAUGGAAUGUACCGUCAGCUCGAACCUUGCACAGGUUACGUGGUACAAAGGAAAGACUAAACUCGAGGACGGCGAUAUGUACAGCAUAUCUAAGGAUAUGUCUGGCGUCUGCCGGUUGACCAUAAAGAGCGCUACCCUCGAAGACAGCGGAGAAUACAUUUGUAAGAUUAACAAACAAACUGACAAGACUGAAACGGUCCUAACCGUUGUUGAAUAUCCGUACAAGUUCGUCAAGGUGUUGAAGCAUCAACAACUCGUAGAGAAGGAAACGUUGACCUUGAUCUGCGAGUUGGACGACGCCGCUGGCGAAGUGAAAUGGUUCAAAGGUGACCAAGAGAUCGUUGCUGACAAGAGGGUACAAAUCAAGGAAGAAGGCAGAAAGAGAAAACUUAUCAUCAAAGACACAAAAGUUACCGAUGCUGGCCUCUAUUCGUGCGUGAGCAACGCCGAUAAAACGGAAGCUGAAAUUGUUAUAAACUACGCGAACCGUUUCAACAAGAAACUGAAGGAUACGGUAGCCGUGGAAAGGGAAAAAUUGGUGCUCGAUGUGGAACUCCAAGAUCAAACAGCUCCAGCCGUGUUCCUGUUCAACGGUAAUCCGAUCGAACCGAACGAGAGAGUCGAGAUCAAGAAUUUAGGUGGUGGCAAGCAUCAACUGAUCUUCAACAGGCUGGAAAUGACGGACGACGGUGAAAUCACUUGCGAGAGCGGACAAUUAAAGAGCAGCUGUAAACUGACGGUUAAAAAGGGCGAAAGCAAACCCAUCGUCGAAGUUCCUGACAAGGUCGAAGGUCCUUGCAGCGCGCCGCUCGUCUUCGUUGUGCCUUUCAAGAUCGAAGGAACGAAACAGAGCCAGGUAGAAGCUAAGUUGAUGAAAGACGGUAAACCGCUACCGUUGAAGGAAGUAGAGGUGGUCGUGGGCGAAGACAAGAUCACUUUCAAGAUCAAGAAACCAUCUCACGAUCAAUCUGGUAUUUACCAAGUGAAGAUCGGCAAUAACCAGGGUGAAGAGGUGAAGGACGUGAACAUCAAUAUGCAAGAUGUACCAUCGCCGCCCACCGACGUGGACGUUAACGAGAUCUUCCAAAAUUCCUGCGUGGUUUCUUUCAAGCCCUCGAAAGACGACGGUGGAUCCCCUAUCACGAAAUACGUGAUCGAACGUCUCGAUCUCAGUUUGAAGGCGCAAUGGGACAGCGUCGGCGAAGUGAUGCCAGGCGAAAAGUGCGUCUACAAAGUUCAAGAUCUCGUCGCGAAGAAGGAAUACAAGUUCCGUAUCAGGGCAGUAAACAAACUGGGUUCCAGCGAACCUGCGAUGUUCGCGAAACCGGUGCUCGCGAAAGAUCCUUGGGACGAACCAGGUAAACCCACGAACGUGGACGUUACCGAUUGGGACAAGGAUCACGCGGACUUGAAGUGGACGAAACCAGAGAAUGAUGGCGGAGCGCCUAUCACCGGUUACAUAAUCGAAUACAAAGAGAAGUUUGGCAAAGAAUGGGUAAAGGGCAAAGAAAUCGAAGGAAACGUGACCGAGGGAACCAUCGACGGUCUAAAAGAGGGCACCCAAUACGAAUUCAGGAUAAGAGCCGUGAACAAAGCCGGCCCUGGCGAGCCUUCGGACGCUACGAAACCGAUAAUAGCCAAAUGCCGAUUCGUCAAACCGUACAUCGUUGGCGACGGUCUCACGAAUCUGAUCGUGAAGAAAGGACAAGUAAUCAAAUACGACAUCAAGUAUGCCGGAGAACCAGAACCGGAGGUGCAAUGGUUCCUCGGGACAAAAGAACUCGUUCAAGACUCUGCCGAAAGAAUCACGAUCGACAAAUACGAGAGGAACACCGUGCUCACCGUUCGAAAGACGACUCGACCAGAUUCGGGCAAAUACAAACUGGUUCUGUCGAACAGUUCUGGAACCUGCGAGAGCAUCGCGGACGUCGUUGUUCUCGAUAAACCUUCGCCACCGAAAGGUCCAUUGAAAGUGGAGGAAGUGCGCGCCGAUCACGUAAAGGUGAAAUGGCAGAAACCCGAAGAUAACGGUGGCACCGACAUCACCGGUUACGUUCUAGAGAAGAUGGACAUGGAUACCGGACGAUGGAUCCCCGCCGGAGAAGUGGGACCCAACGAAGAUAGUUUCACAUUCAGCGGACUAACUCCUAAGAAGAAGUACAAAUUCCGCGUAAAAGCCGUGAAUAAAGAGGGCGAAUCCGAACCGCUCGAAGUGGAUGAAUCGAUCCUUGCUAAAAAUCCUUACGACGAGCCUGGUAAACCUGGUAAACCGGAUAUCUUCGAUUACGACAAUGUCAGUGUAUCGUUGAAAUGGGAGAAACCUCAGAGCGACGGUGGUAGACCGAUCACUCAUUACACUGUCGAGAUGAAGGAUAAGUUCGCGGUCGACUGGGUCGAAGUGGCGAAAACUACCGAUGCCACUCCCGAAGCAAAAGUCGAAGGUCUCAAAGAAAAGAUGGUUUAUCAGUUCCGUGUCCGUGCCCACAACAAAGCAGGCCCUGGUGAGCCUAGCGAACCUACGGACAAUCAUCUAUGCAAGCACAGAAAUCUGAGACCGAGAAUCGACAGAACCACCUUCAAAUCCGUAAUCAUUAAGGCCGGUCGUACGCACAAAUGGUCGGUGGACAUCACCGGAGAACCACCACCGGAAGUAAAAUGGAUCUGGAGAGAUAACAUUCCGUUAACGACUACCGAUCGUAUCAAGAUCGAUAAUGUCGACUAUCACACGGACUUUACGAUCGUGAAUGCGAUGCGCAAAGACACCGGAAAGUACACUCUCGUCGUCGAAAACGUUAACGGCAAAGACGAAGAGACCGUGGAACUUACGGUACUAGGAAAACCAAGCGCGCCGAAAGGUCCUUUGGAAGUAACCGACGUUACCGCCACUUCGGCCAAAGUCAAGUGGGAGAAACCGGAAGACGACGGUGGUGUACCUAUCAAAGAGUACGAGAUCGAGAAGUUGGACACGAAAACCGGCAAAUGGGUCAGAGUGGGAAAAAUUCCAGGAAACUCGCCGCUUACCGAAUUCGAGGUAACCGGAUUGAACCCUGGUAGCGAGUACAAAUUCCGCGUUACCGCUGUCAACGAUGAAGGUGAUUCGGAACCCCUCGAAAGCGAACGCGGAAUCAUCGCGAAGAAUCCAUACGACGAACCGCACAAACCUGGAACACCGGAGAUCACCGAUUACGAUAACGAGUCCGUAAGCUUGAAAUGGACCGCUCCGGACUUCGAUGGCGGAGCACCGAUCGAAAAGUACAUCAUCGAGAAGAAAGAUCGCUAUAAACCAGACUGGGAGAAAGCUAUGGAGGUACCAGGAAAUCAACUGGAAGCCAAAGUAGCCGAUCUGAAAGAACGCGGAGAAUAUCAGUUUAGGAUUAUCGCCGUGAACAAAGCAGGACCUUCUCCGCCAUCCGAUGCCUCCAAGAUGCAAAUUUGCAAGCACAAAGCGCUGAAACCGAGAAUCGAUCGUACAAACUUGAAACCUAUUACCGUACGGGCCGGAAAAAUGAUCAAGUACGACGUAGAUGUUCGCGGUGAACCACCACCGGAGAUCACUUGGUAUCAUGUCGAUAAGGCGGUGACAACCGGUGAAAACAUCGAAAUCGUCAAUGUCGAAUACAACACGAAGCUCACUAUUACCGACUGUGUGCGCAAAAAUACCGGUGUAUGGAAGAUAAAAGCGGUAAACCCUCAUGGCGAGGAUGAGGCUGAAGUCGAAGUUAUCGUACUUUCGGCACCUGGAAAGCCAAAGGGGCCUCUGAAAGUGUCCGAUGUCACGAAAAAUGGAUGUAAGGUGAAAUGGGAAAAACCGGAAGACGACGGUGGAAAACCGGUGACCGGUUAUCUAGUCGAGAAACUGGACAAAGCGACCGGAAGAUGGGUUCCGGUUGGACGUACUUCCGACACCGAAAUGGACAUUAAAGGUCUCCAGGAAGGCCACGAAUACGAGUUCAGGGUGAAAGCUAUCAACGACGAAGGCGAAUCCGAACCCUUGGUCACCGAAGGCACGACUGUCGCAAAGAAUCCUUACGACGUGUCCAGCAAGCCUGGUGUACCAGAGUUCGAGGACUGGGACGUGGAUCGCGUCGAUUUGAAGUGGGAACCGCCGAAAAAUACCGGAGGUGUACCAAUUACUGGUUACAUUAUCGAGAUGAAAGAGAAACCAUCCUCGAAUUGGCAAGAAGCUGUCGUGACCGAUUCGCCGCAGCCAAAAGGACGCGUUACCGGAUUGAAGAAAGGAUCUGUUUAUCAGUUCCGUGUACGUGCCGUAAAUAAAGCUGGAUCAUCCGAACCCAGCGAUCCAACGAAACCACACGUUGCAAAGGCGCGAUACCUGAAACCACGCAUCAACCGUGACAAACUGCAAACGAUUAAAGUCAGAGCAGGUCAAAUGGUGAAAUUGGAAGUGGACAUCGAGGGUGAACCACCACCAACCGUUACCUGGAACUUUGCUGGUGCUGUUUUGCAGACUGGUGCCAACGUCAAAAUCGACAACGAAGAUUACCUGACGAAGAUUCAUCUGACUCAGACUAGUCGUAAACAUAGCGGCAAAUACACGAUCAAAGCCGUCAACGAUUCUGGACAAGACGAAGCCGACGUAGAAAUUAUCAUCCUCGAUAAACCUGGAAAACCCGAGGGUCCUCUGGAAGUGACGGACGUUCACAAGGAGGGAUGCAAACUGAAGUGGAGCAAACCGAAAGACGACGGUGGUUUACCUUUGUCCAGUUACGUGAUCGAAAAAAUGGACGUGACCACGGGUCGCUGGGUACCAGCUGGAAUCGUGGAUCCCGAUAAAACGGAGCACACGAUUACCGGUUUGGAGCCGGGCAAGAAAUACGAAUUCCGCGUGAAAGCUGUAAACGAAGAAGGAGAGUCGGAACCGUUGCAAACGGAUACUGCCAUCGUAGCUAAAAAUCCAUACGACGUUCCAGCCGCGCCUGGUCUUCCGGAGAUCAUCGAUUGGGCCGAGAACAUGGUCAAACUUAAAUGGGAACCACCGAUACGUGACGGUGGUGCUCCCAUUACCGGUUACAUUAUCGAGAUGAAAGAUAGAUUCGGUACCACUUUCGUAAAAGCUGCCGAAAUCGAUGGUCCGGUUUGUACCGGAACCGUAACCAGAUUAGAAGAAGGAAAUCAAUAUCAAUUCAGGGUUCGAGCGGUAAACAAAGCCGGCCCGGGUGAGCCAUCCGAGGCUACCAAUCCUCACACCGCGAAAGCUCGUUGGCUGAAACCGUUCAUCGACCGUACCAAUUUGCAACCGAUAACCGUCAAAGUUGGCCUCACCGUUACCCUGGACGUGAACAUUAUCGGAGAACCUCCUCCAAAAGUAACCUGGUACUUCCAAGAUAAAGAAUUAUCAUCCGACGAUACAAUACGAAUCGACAACAUCGAUUACAACACUAAAUUCUUCAUUUUGAAAACUAAACGUACUCAAACUGGAAAGUACACGAUCAAGGCGAAGAACGAAGUAGGGGAGGACUCGGCGGAUGUUGAAAUAACGGUUAUCGGUAAACCGAGCAAACCGAAGGGUCCUCUAGAGGUGUCCGAUGUACACAAACACGGUUGCAAGCUGAAAUGGGAGAAACCCGAAGACGACGGUGGUGUACCGAUCGAAUAUUACGAAAUCGAGAAGUUGGAUCCUCUUACCGGCCAAUGGAUUCCUUGCGCGAAAUCCACCGAACCAGAGGUUACGGUGACUGGUCUUCAGGAAGGCAAACCCUACAAAUUCCGUGUGAAGGCGGUGAACCGAGAAGGCGAAUCGGACGAUUUGGAAGCAGACAAAUCCAUCAUUGCCAAAAAUCCAUAUGACGAGCCCGGCAAACCCGGUCGUCCAGAAAUCAAAAACUGGGACAAGGACUUUGUCGACCUCGAAUGGACGCCGCCUAAAGAUGACGGUGGAGCACCGAUUGAAAAGUACAUCGUGCAAAUGAGGGAUAAAGAAGGAAGACAAUGGAUAGACGUCGCCAAGGUGCAGGGAGAUCGUACGGUAGCUAAAGUCACCGACGGCAUCGAGGAAGGUCACGAAUACGAGUUCAGGAUAGUAGCUGUUAACAGAGCCGGUCCUGGAGAACCUAGCGACACGUCGAGAAGUGUCGUGGCUAAACCACGAUUCUUGGCACCACGCAUCGAUCGCAAAAAUCUGCAGAAGAAGGUGAUGCGGGUUGGACAAUUGUUGCGAAUCGAGGCAGACAUACAAGGUGAACCACCUCCAGUUGUCACCUGGAAACUCAAAGACGCCGUGUUGAAGAGUAUGGAUCGUCUGAAGAUCGAAAACGAAGAUUACCAUACCACCUUCAUCAUGAGCAAAUUGCAAAGAUCCGAUACCGGAACGUAUACCGUUAUCGCGAAGAACGACAGUGGCACCGAUCAAGUCGAUGUCGAAAUCCAGGUACUGAGCAAACCCGGUAAACCUAAAGGACCGCUCGAGGUGUCCAACGUGACCGCGGAAGGAUGCAAACUGAAGUGGGAGAAACCAGACGACGAUGGUGGCGAACCGGUGGAUCAUUACGUCGUCGAAAGGAUGGACGUUGAUACCGGUAGAUGGGUACCUUGUGCAACGAGUAAAACUCCGGAAGCGGAUGUAACUGGCCUAAACGAAGGAAAGGAUUAUCUGUUUCGCGUUAAGGCCGUUAAUUCCGAGGGAGAAUCGGAACCUUUGGAAACGCCGAUUCCUACUACAGCCAAGAAUCCUUACACCGAACCCGAUGCUCCUGGAAAACCGGAUCUCAAGGAUUGGUCCAAGCAUCAUGUCGAUUUGAAAUGGAAAGCCCCGAAAAGGGACGGUGGAGCGCCGAUCGAGAAAUAUAUAAUCGAAAAGAAAGAUCAGUUCGGUAAAUGGCAGAAAGCCGCUGAGGUUCCUGGAAACAAAACGGAAGGUAGAGUCGAAGAUCUCGUGGAAGGACAAAAGUAUCAGUUCCGCGUGAAAGCAGUGAACAAAGGUGGUCAGAGUAAACCGAGUGAACCAAGCGACAGUCUGAUCGCCAAGGAUCGUUAUGCCGCGCCAAAGAUCGAUCGUACGAAUCUGAAAGACAUCACGAUCAAAGCCGGUACCCAUAUUCGAUUGGACGUGAAAGUCAGCGGUGAACCACCACCCACGAAGACCUGGUAUCUGAACAAGGCGAAGCAAGAAUCCGCGGGUGUCUUGACGAUCGAAUUAGAGGACUAUAGAACAAAGUUCAUGGUGUCGUCGGCUAGCAGAGCUCAUUGCGGCACUUUGACGUUGAAAGCGGAGAACAGUUCCGGAAAAGACGAGGCAUCGAUCGAGAUUUUAGUCUUGGACAAACCUGGCAAACCGGAAGGUCCUCUGAAAGUGUCCGACGUGCACAAAGAGGGAUGCACGCUGAAAUGGAAUCCACCGUUGGACGACGGUGGCGCGCCACUCGAUCAUUACGUGGUCGAGAAAAUGGACACGGAAACGGGACGUUGGAUCCCUGUAGGACGCACCAAGGAACCCACCAUGGUCGUAGAGAAUCUAGUACCUGGUCAAGAGUACAAGUUCCGAGUUGCCGCCGUGAACGCGGAGGGUGAAUCGGAACCUUUGGAAACGGAUCACGGAAUCGUGGCCAAGAAUCCGUUCGACGAGCCGGGUCCACCUGGUCGGCCAGAGGCAACCGAUUGGGACAAGGAUCACAUAGAUCUAAGAUGGACUCCACCAUUGAACGAUGGUGGAUCUCCAAUCACCGGAUACGUGAUCGAGAAGCGCGAGAAAGACAGUCCACGCUGGAUAAAGGCUUGCGAAACUGGACCCGAUUGCAAGGGUCGCGUCGACAAUCUCGACGAGGGUGUCGAGUACGAGUUCCGCGUAAAAGCUAUUAAUGCCGCUGGUCCUGGUGAACCAUCCGACGCCAGCAAGCCGAUCACAGCCAAGAGUCGACGACUCGCGCCAAAGAUCGACAGGAAGAACUUACGCGACAUCACCGUACGCGAGAACGAAGGGUUCCACUUUGACGUGAAAAUCAUCGGCGAACCACCACCGGACGUCACCUGGGUCAUUAAUAACAAGAGUAUUCAGCAGACAACCUUCCGUAGGAUUCAAAAUGUUCCGUACAACAGCAAAUUCUUCAACGACAAACCUGAACGGAAGGACAGUGGCAUAUACAAGAUAACCGCGGUCAACCAGCACGGAUCCGACACAGCCGAGGUCGAAGUGACCGUUGUCUCUAAACCCGGUAAGCCCGAGGGACCGCUCGAAGUGUCGGAUAUUCACAAGGAAGGGUGCACGCUCAAGUGGAAGAAACCAAAGGACGAUGGCGGUGAGCCUAUCGAAGCGUACCUCGUGGAGAAGUUCGAUCCGGAUACCGGCGUUUGGUUACCGGUCGGUAAGACAACGGCCCCAGAGAUGAAGGUAGAGGGACUGACGCCUGGACACGAGUAUAAGUUUAGAGUGAAAGCGUUGAACAAGGAAGGGGAGUCGGAACCUUUGGAGACAUACAGUUCGAUCGUUGCCAAAGAUCCGUUCACUGUACCGAGUCCUCCGGGAGCACCAGAACCGGUCGAUUGGACCGCCAAUCAGGUUGAACUUACUUGGAAAGAACCUGUCAGCGACGGUGGGUCACCGAUCACCGGCUAUAUCAUCGAAAGGAAGGAUAAAUACAGUACAAUGUGGGAGAAGGCUCUGGAAAUCGAGACACCCAGCACGAAAGCUCUGGUCCAUGGUUUGAUCGAGGGCAACGAUUACCUCUUCCGCGUAAUAGCCGUGAACAAAGCUGGUCAAUCGGAACCAGGGGAUGCCAGCAAAACAUUUACGGCUAAACCACGCUUCCUGGCACCGAAGAUCGAUCGUCGCAAUCUACGAGAUGUCACUCUGUCGGCUGGCUCGUUGCUGAGAUUCGACGCUAACGUGAUCGGUGAACCACCGCCACACAUCGAGUGGCGAUACGGCGCCAUACCUCUGCACUCGGACAGAAAAGUGCAGAUCGACAAUUCGGAUUACAGCACAAAGUUCAGUAUUCGUCCCGUGUCGCGAGACGAUAGCGGCGAUUACACCGUCACGGCAACCAAUUCGUCCGGACGAGAUUCUGUCACAGUGCAAGUCACGGUCACGGACAAACCAAUGCCACCCGAAGGACCGCUUCAAAUCACCGAUGUUCACAACGAGGGCUGCAAACUCAAGUGGAAGAGACCGAAAGACGACGGCGGUACUCCCAUCGAGUAUUACCAGGUCGACAAAAUGGACCCAGAAACUGGAUGCUGGGUGCCUUGCGGUCGAUCCACCGAACCUCUUUUGGAAGUAACCGGAUUGACGCCAGGCAAAGAAUACCUGUUCCGUGUCAGUGCGGUGAAUGCCGAGGGAGAAUCCAAGCCCCUGGAAGCGGAACAAGCGAUCUUAGCUAAGAAUCCUUACGACGAGCCGGGUAAACCGGGCGAUCUUCGAGUCACCGAUUGGGACAAGGAUCACGUUGAUCUCGUAUGGAGUCCGCCCACGAACGACGGCGGUUCGCCGAUCACAGGAUACAUCAUCGAAAAGAAAGACAAAUACGGUGAAUGGGAAAAGGCCAUCGAAGUACCGGCGGACGAGACCUCGGCUACCGUGCCCGACUUGAUAGAGGGCCAACCGUACGAGUUCCGCGUACGAGCCGUAAACAAAGCUGGCCCCGGUGAACCUUCGGAUCCGACGCCAACGAUCAUUGCCAAACCGCGAAACCAAGCGCCCAAGAUCGAUCGAACGAAUCUGGUGGAAGUCCGAAUCAAAGCCGGUCAAAACUUCAGUUUCGACGUGAAGGUUUCCGGUGAGCCUCCACCAACGACCAAAUGGAUGUUGGGCAAACGCGAGGUUCGACCCACCGAUCGAAUCAAAGUGAAACACGUCGACUACAACACCACCCUCAGCGUCAGAAUGGCAACCAGGGCAGAGUCUGGCAAAUACACGAUCACCGCCGAGAAUAUAAACGGCAUGGACGAGGCAGUGGUCAAAGUCACGGUCCUCGACAAACCGAGCCCGCCUCAAGGACCGCUCAGAGCGACGGACGUGCACGCUGAAGGAUGCAAGUUGACCUGGAAACCUCCCGAAGACGACGGUGGUCAACCCAUCGACAAGUACGUCGUCGAAAAGAUGGACGAAACUACUGGCCGGUGGGUACCGGCGGGUGAAACCGACGGACCGGAAACGUCUCUUCAAGUUGAAGGACUCACACCGGGUCAUAAAUACAAAUUCCGAGUACGCGCGGUCAAUAAACAAGGCAAAUCGGAACCGCUCACGGCUAUGCAAAGCAUCGAAGCGAAGAAUCCGUUCGACGAACCAGGAAAGCCUGGCACGCCGAUCGUCAGCGAUUACGAUUCGACCUUUGUCGAGCUUCAAUGGGAUCGUCCUCAAGAAGACGGCGGUUCGCCCAUUACCGGUUACAUCAUAGAGAAACGGGACAAAUACAGUCCAACUUGGGAGAAAUGUGCCGAAGUCGAGGGCGACGUGAAUCGUGGAAAGGUCGAGGAUCUCGUUGAAGGCACUCACUACGAAUUCCGUGUUAGAGCAGUGAACAAGGCCGGUCCGGGAGAACCAUCGGACGCUUCCAAAUCGCACUUGGCGCGUCCUAAAAAUCUUCCACCAAAGAUCGACAGAAAGUACAUGUUAGACGUGAAAGUGAAAGCCGGUGGCUUUUAUGACUUCGACGUUCCGGUAAGCGGCGAACCACCUCCAACGAAAGAAUGGUCGCUGAAGGGCACGGUGGUGUUGCCCAGCGAUCGCAUCAAGAUCGUGAACGAAGACUACAAUACCAAAGUUCGCGUAAUGGAGGCGAAACGUUCCGAUUCCGGCGUGUAUACGUUGGAAGCGAAGAACAUCAACGGCAGAGACAUGGCCACGCUAACCGUGAACGUUCUCGACGUACCAGCUCCGCCGGAGGGUCCGUUGAAGAUCGACAACGUGACGAAGAACGGAUGCAACUUGAAGUGGCGACCGCCAAAAGACGACGGAGGCUCAGAAAUACAGUAUUACCAGGUGGAGAAGAUGGAUACCGAAAAUAUGCGAUGGGUACCGGUGGCCGAAGCUACGACCACCUCCGCUCACGUGGAUCACCUGAUCGAAGGACACGAUUAUCAAUUCCGCGUCCGUGCCGUGAACAAACAAGGCGAAUCUCAACCGCUUACCGGCAUGGAUACGAUCACCGCCAAAGAUCCGUUCGAUAAACCCGAUAAACCGGGCGCACCGGUCGCCACCGACUGGGACAAGGAUCACGUCGACUUGGAAUGGACGGCACCGAAGAAAGACGGUGGUUCUCCCAUAACGGGAUACAUUAUCGAGAAACGACCCCGUUUCGGACAGUGGGAGAAGGCCGUGGAGAUUGACGGAAAUAAGACGAGCGGCAGGGUACCGGAUCUGAUAGAAGGUCAAGAGUACGAGUUUCGUGUGAUCGCUGUGAACAAAGCCGGUCCUGGUGAACCCUCGGAAGCUUCGUCUCCGAUCGUCGCCAAACCACGAUUCCUUGCACCGUCGUUCGAUCCGCACCUCCUAAACGAUCUCGUCGUUCGAGCUGGUCAAAAGAUCAGUUACAUCAUUCCUAUUCAAGCUUCGCCUAAGCCUACGGCCACAUGGUCAUUGGACGGAGCAGUGAUAAUGGCCGAUUCUCGUCAUGAAAUGUACACUACUCACACCGAGACCACUUUUGAAAUUCCAUUCUCCGUUCGAUCCGAUACCGGCCGAUACACCUUGACUCUGGAAAACGAUCAAGGAAAAUUCAGCGCGAGCGCGAGAGUGACCGUUCUGGAUAGACCUUCGCCGCCGCAGAAACCGCUACAGAUCAGCAACAUCACCAAAGAGGGUUGUCACUUGACUUGGGGUCAUCCGUUGGACGACGGAGGUAGUCCCAUCUUGCAUUACGUCGUCGAAAAGAUGGAUUUGUCCCGAGGCACAUGGUCCGACGCUGGCAUGAGCACGGUAUUGAGCCACGAAGUAGCCCGCUUGACGCAUCGCAAGGAAUACCUGUUCCGAGUUAAAGCCGUUAACACCAUCGGGGAAUCUGAUCCCCUCGAAGCACCCAAGAGCAUCGUAGCCAAGAACGAAUUCGACGAACCAGACGCACCCGGAAAACCACAGAUUACCGAUUGGGAUAAAGAUCACGUGGACCUCAAGUGGCCAGCGCCGAGCAGCGACGGCGGCUCGCCGAUCACCGGAUACAUCGUUCAGAAGAAAGAGAAAGGUAGUCCUUACUGGGUGAACGCGGUUCACGUCCCACCGAAUCAGACGAGCACCACUGUCCCUGAUCUGACGGAAGGACAAGAAUACGAGUUCCGUGUGAUCGCGGUUAACGCAGCCGGACAAUCGGAACCAUCGGAACCGAGCGAUCUCGUCACCGCCAAGCCUCGAUACCUGGCUCCGAAGAUCAAAACGCCUUUGCAAGAUAUUAGAAUCAAGGCUGGCCUCAUCUUCCACGUUGACAUCGAUUUCGUCGGUGAGCCGACACCGGAAGUCACUUGGACCGUAGGAAGCAAAGAAUUGCAAACGACCGAUAGAACGACAGUUACCUCGAUCGGCUAUCAUACGAUCGUUCACACCGUUAACGCUCAGCGAUCCGAUUCCGGCCUGUAUCACCUAUUGUUGAAGAACAGCAGCGGUAUAGACGAAGGUAGCUUCCAAGUGAUCGUCCUCGACAGACCAGGCCCACCGGAGGGACCUCUGCAAUACGAAGAGAUCACCAGCCAGUCGGUUACCUUGUCGUGGAAACCGCCCAAGGAUAACGGUGGCAGCGAAAUUACCGGAUACGUAAUCGAGAAACGUGAUCUGACGCACGGAGGUGGUUGGGUACCAGCGGUAACCCACGUUAAUCCGAAGUAUAAUCACGCGACGGUCCCGAGAUUGCUCGAAGGUACCACGUACGAGUUUAGAGUGUCCGCGGAGAAUCUCCAAGGACGUUCCGAACCGUUGACCACCGACCACUCGAUCGUUGCCAAGAAUCAAUUCGUUGCACCCGGACAACCUGGCAAACCAGAAUGCGUCGACGCGGACAAGGAUCACAUAAAGAUCAAAUGGACGGCGCCGAUCAGCAACGGAGGAUCAAAGAUCAUCGGCUACGACGUGGAGCGACGCGACCGAGCGACCGGUCGUUGGCUGAAAUUGAACAAAGAACCCGUGAAGUACGCGGAAUAUUACGAUGACCACGUGACCGAGGGUCAUCAGUACGAGUACCGUGUCACUGCUAUAAAUGCCGCCGGUGCGGGUAAACCUAGCGACACGUCCGCGGUGUUCAUCGCGAAACCGAUGAAAGAGAAACCGAAAUUGAACCUGGACGCGCUGAUCGGGCGUAGGAUCAAAGUUCGCGCCGGAGAACCGAUCAACGUUAACAUUCCGUUAUCUGGUGCGCCAACGCCAACCAUCGAAUGGACUAAAGACGCGAAGCCUCUCGUCGAGACUCUACGAAUUUCUACCGAGACGAAGAGCGAUCGUACAAACCUGUUGAUCGAAAAAUCAGUUCGAGAAGACGGCGGUACAUACACGAUUACAGCGACGAACGAGUAUGGCAAAGAUUCGGCCGACAUCGAGGUGAUCGUCGUGGAUAGACCAGGACCACCCCAAGGUCCGCUUCAGUACACCGGCACGACCCAAGAAUCCGUGUCCUUGUCCUGGAAUCGACCUUUGGACGAUGGUGGAUCCGACAUCACCAAUUAUAUCGUGGAAGUAUCAGACUACGGAGCAGACAAUUGGCGUCAAACUCCUGGAUACUGUCCGAGAACCAGCUACACUGCCAAAGGCCUCAACGAAGGCAAAAAAUAUGUGUUCCGCGUGCGAGCGGAGAACAUGUACGGUGUUUCGGAACCAUUGGAAGGGAAACCAGUUAUCGCCAAGAGCCCGUACGAUCCACCGGAUGCACCAAGUCAGCCCGAAAUCCUCGGCUACACCCCCAACAGUUGCAGUCUUUUCUGGAAUCCGCCCCUCAAUACCGGUGGCAAGCCUAUCACUGGAUAUUACGUGGAGAGACGAGAACGCGGUGGCGAAUGGCUCAAGGUUAACAAUUAUCCGACUCCGAAUACGACCUUCACCGUGCAAGACCUUCACGAAGGAUCGAAAUACGAAUUCAGAGUGAUCGCUGUUAACGAAGCAGGACCCGGUAAACCCAGCAAACCUACCGAACCGAUCACCGCUGGACACCAACGUCUACGUCCCGAUGCCCCCGAACCACCGAAACCCGACAGAAUAACGAAAGACUCGGUGACCCUGAGCUGGCGUCCGCCGCGUAGCGACGGUGGUGCCAAGAUCAGAGGCUACAUAAUCCAAAUGAAGACCAGAGCUCAGGACGAAUGGGACGACGUAAACGGCGCACUGAUACCGACCAACGUCUACACGGUACCGAAACUGACGGAAGGCGAGGAGUAUCUGUUUAGGGUGAUCGCGCUGAACGACGUCGGCAAAAGCGAUCCUAGCCGGCCAAGCAAUCCGAUCGUCGUCGAGGAACAGCCGAACAAACCGGUGAUGGACCUCGGCGGAGUUCGCGACAUCACCGUCCGUGCCGGAGAAGAUUUCUCCAUUCACGUGCCUUAUAUCGGCUUCCCCAAACCCACCGCCACGUGGUUCGCUAACGACGUUGUCAAGGACGAAAGCGAUUCACGCGUGCAUCAACAGCUGACCGAUGAUUUCGCUAGCCUGGUGGUAAAGAAUUCGAAGCGUUCGGACGGUGGACAAUACCGUUUGCAGCUACGCAAUUCUUCCGGUUUCGAUACGGCCACCGUGAACGUUAAAGUCCUCGAUCGUCCAAAUCCACCCGAGAAUCUCCAUGCCGACGAAUUUGCCGGAGAUGCUCUUACCCUCUUCUGGAAUCCACCUAAGGACAACGGUGGCGCCGACAUUACCAACUACGUGGUGGAGAAACGAGAACCGAAGGGCACAUGGUCGAAGGUGAGCAGCUAUAUCACGACACCUUUCGUUCGAGUGAGGAACUUGACGGUAGGAAGCGUAUACGAGUUCCGAGUGAUGGCCGAAAAUCAGUACGGCACUUCCGAUCCCGUGACUACGAUGGAUCCGAUCAAGGCUAGACAUCCGUUCGAUCCACCCGGAGCACCUGGAACUCCGAAAGGCGUCGAAACUACCGAGGACAGCAUCACGAUCACCUGGACUAAACCUCGUCACGACGGAGGUUCCCCUAUCCUCGGAUACGUUAUCGAGAAACGUCUGCUGAGCGAGGACAAGUGGGUGAAAGCUACCCCGUCUCUCGUUCACGAGACUACUUACAGAGUGACCGGACUGAUCGAAAAUCACGAUUACGAGUUCCGCGUAGCGGCCGAAAACGCGGCUGGUCGUGGACCGUGGAGUUCGAAUUCCGACGUGAUCAGAGCCCUUGCACCGCCUUUCCCGCCAAGGAUCACGUCCGAUCUGAGCAUUCGCGACAUGACAGUGAUUGCCGGAGAGCCGUUCACGAUAACCGUCCCGUACACGGCAAAUCCAAAACCGAGACCGAGCUGGUCCAUCAACGGCGAAGAAGUCCUUACCGGUGAUAGAAUCAAAUUCGAUACCACGGACGUUGCGUCGCAAUUCAUCAACAAAAAGGCCAAGAGAUCAGACACAGGAACGUACACGAUAUAUUUGACCAACACCGUCGGCACGGAUUCCGCUUCGUGCAAGGUUCUCGUGGUCGACAAACCGUCACCACCGCAAGCGCCUCUCGAUAUAUCCGACAUCACCCCCGAGACCUGUACUCUGUCCUGGAAGCCGCCGUUCGACGACGGUGGUUCACCAGUCACCAAUUACGUUGUCGAAAAAUUGGAUCCGGCCGGCUACUGGGUGAAGCUGAGCAGCUUCGUGAGGAACACUCAUUACGACGUGAUCGGUCUCGAACCAAACCGCCAGUACAAUUUCCGCGUUCGCGCGGAGAACCAAUACGGAAUAUCGGAACCGUUACAAGCUGACGAACCGAUCACCGCUAAAUUCCCAUUCACGGUACCCGAUCCACCUGGACAACCGCGCGUUAUCGAUUGGGACACCUCGAACGCAACGUUAGUAUGGACUCGGCCUAUAUCCGACGGCGGAUCCCGCGUUCAGGGUUACAAGAUCGAAUUCCGCGACCCCGCCGACGACGCCCAAUGGCGAGUGGCAAACGACUAUUUAGUCAAAGACACGACUUACAUCUGUUACAAUCUGUUGAGCGGACACGAGUACGAGUUCAGAAUAAGAGCGAAGAACGCGGCCGGUUUUAGCAAACCUAGUCCACCCUCGCCGCCGUUCAAGUUGAAGAGCAAGUUCAACGUACCUUCGCCACCAGGAACACCGCAGGUAGUUAAAGUGGGUAAAAACUAUGUCGAUCUGAAGUGGGAGGCUCCGGUGUCGGACGGUGGCAGUCGCAUCACCGGUUACAUCAUCGAGAAACGCGAAGUCGGAAGCGCGUUUUGGGCAAAGUGCAACGAAUACAACGUCACCGACACCGAGUACACCGUUUUACAUCUGAUCGAGCGCGGCGAUUACGAGUUCCGAAUCUUCGCGGUGAACGCCGCUGGAAGAUCCGAACCGAGCUCUUGCACCACACCCGUCAAGAUCUGCGAGGUCGAAGGUGGCGAGAAGCCCGAAUUCGUCAGAACACUGCCGAUCAGUCAAAACAUACCGCUCGGAAAAAUGCUGGUGCUCGAAUGCGAGGCUACCGGAAAGCCUUUGCCCACCGCCAGGUGGCUGAAGAACGGCAGAGAGAUCACGCCCGGUGGUCGAUUCCGAACGGAGGCGUUCGAUGGUAUCUACAGACUCGUGAUAUCGGAAGUAUGGGACGCGGACGACGGCGAUUACAGCUGUCAAGUAUCGAAUCCUCUCGGUAUAGCUACGACCACGUCUCGAUUGAAGAUCGGUACCCCGCCCCGUAUCGAGCGCAUGCCGGAUGAUUUGUAUCUGGCCGAAGGCGACAACACCAAGAUCAAGAUCUACUACAGCGGCGAUCAACCUAUGGACGUUACUCUGAAGAAGGACGGUCACAAGGUGGUCGAGACCAGUCACAUCAAGUACACGGUGUUCGACGAGUAUCUCAUCAUCUUUAUAAAGGACAUUCAAAAGGACGACGCUGGCGUUUACGAUCUGUCGAUCUCGAACGACAGCGGUAGCGUGAGCGGCUCCUUCAACGUGAACAUCACCGGUCUGCCCGGACCUCCAACCGGCCCUCUCGACGUCACGGACAUCAACAAACACACUUGCACGUUGUCCUGGCAUCCGCCUAAAUUCGACGGUGGACUACGCGUUACUCACUACGUGGUCGAACGUCGCGACGUUAGCCACACACACUGGAUCAUAGUCUCGUCCUUCUGCAAGGACAUCAGCUUCAUGGUGCAAGGCCUGACGGAGGGACAAGAGUAUCUGUUCCGCGUGAUGGCGGUGAACGAUAACGGAAUGGGACCACCGCUCGAGGGAACGAACCCGAUCAAAGCAAAGGCGCCGUUCGAUCCGCCGGGUCCCCCGGGAACGCCGAAGGUGACCGAGGUCGGAGGAGACUUCGUGAACCUCUCUUGGGAGAAGCCAGAAACGGAUGGCGGUUCAAAGAUUCAGGGCUACUGGAUCGACAAGCGAGAAGUCGGCAGUCAGACUUGGCAACGCGUCAACGUGGCCAUCUGUCUGCCGACUCAGAUCAACGUCGUGAACUUGGUCGAAGGAAGGCAGUACGAGUUCCGCGUGUUCGCGCAGAACGCCGCAGGUCUCGGUCCAGAGUCGAAAGCUUCGACCUCGGUGAAAGUUACCGACCCCCAGGCCGCCAAAGCGCCGGAGGUCAUUCAGCCGUUGCACAAGGUCAACUGCGUGCAAUAUCACAACGCGCAAUUCCAAUGCAAGAUCGUCGGUAUACCGAAACCGACGAUCACAUGGUUCAAAGGAGCACGCGAGAUCGUCAGCGGUUCCCGAUACAACAUAUACUCGGAGGGCGACACGCACUAUUUGAUAAUCCACGACGUGUUCGGCGAAGACGCGGACGAGUACUUCUGUCGAGCAGUGAACAAGUGCGGCGUAAAAUCGACCAAGGGCGAGCUGUUGAUCAAGACUCCGCCGAAACUGAACGUACCGCCUCGUUUCCGAGACACCGCGUUCUUCGACAAAGGCGUCAACGUCGUCAUCAAGAUUCCGUUCACCGGUUACCCGAAACCGAAGAUCACCUGGGUCAGAGAGGGCGAGACGAUCGAAUCGGGAGGACAUUACACCGUCGAAGUGAAGGAGAGACACGCCGUCCUCACGAUCAUAGACGGCAGUCGAAUCGAUUCGGGUCCGUAUCGCAUCACCGCCGAGAACGAUCUAGGUCAAGACACUGCCAUUAUCAAGAUUCAGAUCAGCGACCGACCGGAUCCGCCCAGAUUCCCGCAAGUGGACAACGUCGGUCACGACUCGUUGGCUCUCAGCUGGAAACCACCAGUUUGGGACGGCGGCAGCAACAUCACCAAUUAUCUGGUCGAGAAGCGAGAACAUCCGAUGACCAGUUGGAUCCGAGUCGGAAACACCAGAUUCUGCACGAUGGCGGUUACCGGUCUCAGCCCGGGUCACCAAUACGACUUCAGGGUGUGCGCCGAAAACAUUUACGGCAGAUCGGAUCCGAGCGAAGUGACGCCUCUGAUCACCACCAAAGGUACCGUGAAGAGGGAAUUCAAGAAAAAGGAGUACCCGGUGGAUGAGACCGGCAAGAAGAUUCGCGGACGCAGCGACGAGAAACCGCGCGAUUACGAUCAAUUCGUGUUCGACGUAUACAGCAAGUACGUACCGCAGCCGGUCGAGAUCAAACACAUCUCGGUCUACGACCGAUACGACAUUCUCGAGGAAAUAGGAACCGGCGCGUUCGGCGUGGUUCAUCGUUGCCGCGAGCGAGCUACCGGUAACAUCUUCGCCGCCAAGUUUAUUCCCGUGUCGCACGCGAUGGAGAAGGAACUGAUCAGGAAAGAAAUCGACAUAAUGAAUCAAUUGCAUCAUCCGAAAUUGAUAAAUCUCCACGACGCUUUCGAAGACGACGACGAAAUGGUGUUGAUAUUCGAAUUCUUAUCGGGAGGUGAAUUGUUCGAGAGAAUCACGGCGGAAGGUUACACCAUGUCCGAGGCCGAAGUAAUCAAUUACAUGAGACAGAUUUGCGAGGGUGUGAAACAUAUGCACGAAAAGAACAUCAUACACCUAGACAUCAAACCGGAGAACAUCAUGUGCCAGACUCGCAACAGUACCAACGUGAAAUUGAUCGAUUUUGGUUUGGCGACGAAACUCGACCCGAACGAAGUCGUUAAGAUCAGUACCGGCACGGCAGAGUUCGCAGCUCCUGAAAUCGUUGAACGCGAACCGGUCGGCUUUUACACGGACAUGUGGGCUUGCGGUGUCCUGGCCUACGUUUUAUUGAGCGGUCUAUCGCCAUUCGCCGGAGACAACGAUAUCGAAACUCUGAAGAACGUUAAAGCCUGCGACUGGGACUUCGACGAGGAGGCAUUCCGGGACGUAUCCGAAGAAGGCAAAGAUUUUAUCAGACGGUUGCUCGUCAAAAACAAAGAGAAACGCAUGACCGCUCACGAAUGCCUGUUGCAUCCAUGGCUAACCGGUGAUCACAGUAAUCGCACGACUCCGAUUUCGAGCAGUCGAUACCUCAGGUUCAGAGACAGACUACGAGCGAAAUACGAAAAUUGGGACAAAUACGUGCUUCCGAUUGGUCGAUUAGCCGAAUACUCGUCGUUGAGGAAAUUGUUGAUCGAGAAAUACAAGAUUUACGAUUCCUGCUUCGAUCGACGACAAGCAGCGCCAAGGUUCGUCAUCAAGCCUACGAGCGCGUUCGCGUACGAGGGACAGAGCGUGAAAUUCACUUGCCGCGUGAUCGCGAUCGCCGCUCCAACCCUCACGUGGUUCCAUAACAAUCAAGAACUCCGGCAAUCCGUCAAGUUUAUGAAACGAUACCACGGCGAUGACUACACCUUCAUCAUCAACAGAGUGAAACUGGAAGACAGAGGAGAAUACGUGAUCAGAGCGGAGAAUCACUACGGUUACAGAGAAGAGGUCGUUUUCUUGAACGUGCAACCGUUGCCCGUUGAGAUUCCGAAAUACAGGCCAGAACUGCAUCCAGUUCGCAGGAGAGAACCGCUAGGUUACAAUGUCUGGUUGGAAACUAUCGAAUCGGCGCCGAGUUUCACGUUCUUGCUUCGACCGCGUGUCAUUCAAGUCAGACAAACGUGCAAACUUCUUUGUUGUCUGAGUGGCAAUCCACCGCCAACGGUUAAAUGGUACAAGGACAGGGAAGAACUCUCUAAGCAUCAUUACGCAAUGACCAACGCGGACGGUGUAGUCACGAUGGAAAUAAUCGACUGUAAACCGGAAGACAGCGGCAAAUAUCGUUGUGUCGCGACUAACAAACACGGAAAAGAUGAAACUAGCUGCGUGGUCAUUGUCGAAGAUCGAAGAUUUAUCGAGCAACCGUUGAAACCGGCACCGCCACCGAUCAUAACGAUACACAAAUCCAGCGGAUACAGCGGGUACAGCUCUACCACCACGCAAGGUCACAGCUAUAGCAGUUCUACCACCAAACAAAAUUCCACCACCUCCUCUUCUUCCACUUAUAAAUCUACAGAGUCCAGCACGGACAAACGAAGCGUCAAGAAAUAUGGACUCGACGCUACCGGCAGCCCAUCUCGCUCCAGGAGUACGACCAAAGAGCUAGCUUAUCCACCGGACGACUCGAUGAGAGCACCGCAAUUUACGAAAAAAUUGAGCGAUCUCACUAUCGGUGACGGAGAACAACUGGAACUGAGCGUGAAAGUUGACGGUGAUCCGGAACCGCAAAUUACCUGGUCGAAGAAUGGCAAGACACUGAGCUCGUCGGAGAUCAUGAGUCUGAAGUACAAAGCCGGAGUUGCCACUCUCGUCAUCAACGAAGUCUUCCCCGAAGACGAAGGCGAAUACGCGUGUCAAGCGAGCAACAGCAUCGGUACUGCAACUACCUCUUGCAAAUUGACCAUAAAACCGAUGACGAACGCACCCGCGAAGAAAAAGACCGACGAUAAGCCUCCACAAAUCGUGGACCACGUAACGAGCAUGUUCGUGAAGGACGGCGAAUCCGUAACUUUGAGCUGUCGAAUAAUCGGCGCGAAGAAGUUCGACGUGGUCUGGCUUCACAAUAACAAGGAAAUCAAACCAAGCAAGGACUUCCAAUACAGCAACGAGGCCAACAUCUAUAAAUUGAACAUAGCCGAAAUCUUCCCCGAAGAUUCUGGUACUUACACCUGCGAGGCAUUCAAUGACGCAGGAGAAAGCUUCUCGUCGUGCACAUUAAAUGUACUUGUUCCAAACGAAGAACCGAAGAGUCCAGUUUUCACGACAUUCCCACAAUCUGCAACGAUAGGCGAAGGCGAAUCGGUUACGUUCGUAUGCAAGACUGAAACCGCGCCUCUGAAAGUAACGUGGCUGAAAGACGGAAAAGCGCUCCCAGAAACCAGCAGCAGGUAUCUCUUCAGUUCAGACGGUGACAAAUCGUUCGAGUUGCGUAUCAAAGCAUGCACGGCCAGCGACGUCGGUCAGUACGUCGCUCGUGCGAUCGGUAAAAAGGGCGAAACCAACGCCGCUUUCGCCCUAAAUGUUACAAGUGCUAACGAACUGUGAAUUCGCUGAUUUCGUACAUGAACAAAUCGGAACGCGAUAAAGUUGGCUUCCACAACAUUAUUAGGAGAAAAUGAUGUAAAAAUGGACUGUAAAAAUUUGUGACUCGCAAAUGUACGCGAUCACAAAGAACGUGACGCUCGUGUAUAAAUGAGAAAUUGAGAACCUAUUGUAUUUGCACUGUUCUAUAUGUAAAUUAUUCUUGGAACGCUGUACUUUCUUUCUGUGUGUUUAUCAUAUCGCAAAAACAAAAAAAUUAUGUCGUUAUACGGUGAAAAAAAAAGAAUCCAAAGCGUUAAACGAUACGGAUAGCACGCGCAAUCUACUACGCUAAUACGGGCUUUGCUGUAUACACGAAAUAGCAUAUCUUUAAGUACAUACAAUAAUGCAUAACGGCAGCGAAUGAACGAAAACUAAUUCGAAGCGGCAAUUAUUCGUCGUAGCCAGUCCUGGCAAGAUAGCCAGCAUCCUCAUAUAUACUAGAACGUUAAAUAACACCUUAUCUUGCUUGGACGACUAUUGUACGAAAUAACUCGAAAAACAGAUGAUACUGCCGUGAUGUACGUCCUUAUUCCAUGUAAUCGUACGCACUGUCGUGUUAUACAUGUUUGAAGACUGCUUCCGUUACAAAAUUUACGAUAAAUAAAAAAUAAUUCUCAAAUAUAAAAUUAUACUUUCGU